AAAAGAAUCCAAACUGUUUGCGCGAAACAUUAUAUCACCAUGACACACGUCCCCCUCUCCCCAAACUCUGCAUGCGUGCUUAUUCCUGCAUUUUCUCCCCGUAGACCAUUGUCGUUCCAUUUGCACCAUCGCAUGCUUCGUUCGCUUUUUCAGCACACUGUUAUCAACAAGAGUACUUUGAGCCGCAUCCCAGAACGCGUCCACGUUUUAUCACUUUUGCAGAUCCACUUGGAUUUCACACUGCGACGGACAACCACCACUAUGCCUCAAGCACACACAAACCGUCUUGCAAAGGAACAAUCGCCAUAUUUGUUGCAGCAUCAGCAUAAUCCUGUGGAUUGGUAUCCUUGGGGUGACGAAGCCUUUAAGGUUUCAAAAGAUGAGGAUAAACCGAUAUUUUUGAGCGUGGGAUACUCUACAUGCCACUGGUGUCAUGUCAUGGAAAAGGAAUCGUUUGAGAACGAGGACAUUGCAAAGAUCAUGAACGAUGGAUUUGUAAACAUCAAAGUGGACAGAGAAGAACGACCCAACGUUGAUAGAGUGUACAUGACGUUUGUUCAAGCUACGACUGGGCACGGUGGAUGGCCAAUGUCUGUGUUUUUAACACCAGACCUCAAGCCCAUUUUUGGCGGCACAUAUUUUCCACCUGAUGAUCGGUGGGGACAACCAGGAUUUCCGACGGUUCUGAGGCAGAUCAGCAAAAUGUGGACUACCAAUAAGACGAAAAUGAUGGAAAGCGGUGACAGGAUUAUUGAUGCUCUGCGUGACGGAUUGGAGUCCAAGCCCGGAUCUCGGUCAAUUCCGGUGGAAGCCAUUUCAUGGACGGUGCUUGACAAAGCGUACGGGUAUUACAAAAAGACGUUUGAUGAAAAGUAUGGUGGAUUUGGAGAUGCUCCCAAGUUUCCCACACCCGUCAACCUCUACUUUCUUCUUCGGUUCCACAAGUAUGCCGCUCCUCUGGAGCAUAUUCUGCAAAACCUCUCCAAUGCGUCAGUCGGCGUUUUGCGAACACUUGCCACACGGUACGGGCUUGGAUUGAGGAUCGGAGAUGGCGGUUUGGUGGAGACGCAGGAGAUUGUAGAUGCGGUUCGAAAGGGGCUAACACGUCGCAAAGAGGAAAGCGCUGAGGCAUUGAAGAUGGUGGAGUUUACUUUAAAGCAAAUUGCUCGAGGCGGGAUUCACGACCAUAUUGGACGGGGAUUUCACCGAUACAGCGUGGAUAGAACGUGGCAUGUCCCGCACUUUGAAAAAAUGCUCUAUGACCAAGCCCAGCUUCUUACGGCCUACACAGAGCUGUUCACGAUAACAAAAAAUGAAUAUUUUGCAGAGGUGGCGGCGGAUAUCGUAACUUAUCUUUCCGAAAAUCUCUUGAGUCCCGGUGGAGGGUUUUUCUGUGCCGAAGAUGCAGAUUCUUACCCGUACGUUGGGGCUAAAGAAAAGAAAGAGGGUGCCUUUGCCGUGUGGGAGUACGACGAGAUUGUCAACAUUUUGGAUCAACGGACUGCGGAAGUAUUUAUUUAUCAUUUUGGAGUGGAAAAGAAUGGGAAUGUGGACAGGCGAUACGACCCGCAUGGAGAGUUGGCCAACAAGAAUAUCCUUUAUGAGCGACAUACGAUCGACGAAACUGCAAAGCAUUUCAAUCUUGGUCCAGACCAGGUGAAAGAGCUCCUCGAAAAAGCCAAAUCCAUUCUCCGGGAAAAGCGUGCGACGCGACCCAAACCUCAUCUCGAUGACAAAAUAAUUACCAGCUGGAAUGGGCUCACUAUCUCUGCACUUGCCAAAGCCCACCAACACAUUGUCAUCGGGGGACUUGGCGCAGGUGGAAUGGGGACAUCCACCAGGCUAUUGGAUCUCGCACGCAAUGCAGUGGGAUUCUUAAAAGAGAACAUGUACGACAACGAGAAAAAAGUUCUGAAGCGGAGCUUCAGGCAAGGUGCAUCGGAUGUAGAAGGGUUCGCGGACGAUUAUGCGUUUUUGAUCAAUGGCCUAUUGGAUUUAUACGAAGCGAGCGCGGAUGAGAGUUACUUGCAGUGGGCUAUCGACCUGCAAGCCACCCAGGAUCGCUUAUUUUGGGAUGAAGUGGGUGGAGGCUACUAUAGCGGAGCAGUGGAUGAUAAGAAUAUCUUGUUAAGGUUGAAAGAAGAACAUGAUGGCGCUGAACCCGCGCCAUCUGCUGUGGCCUCCUGGAACCUCCUGCGGUUAUACAACAUUGUUCCGUCGGCUGGCGAUUACCAUGAGAAAAUGAAAAAGACAUUCGAAGGUUUCGCGGAGCAGCUUACGACCCACCCACAGGCGAUGGCCUUUUUGGCUUCUGUGCUGGGUACUUUUGUAGUGGGGACGAAGAAAGUGAUUGUUCAUAAUCCUGUCAAGCAACCGUCUAGUCUACUGCAAAUUAUCCAGUCCCAGUUCUUGCCUAAUCGCAUCUUGCUCCAUGCUAUACCUGACUCAAACGUCAUUCCUCGUUACAAUGAAACAUUUAAAGCAAUCUUGGAGCACCCAGCGGAUACGGAGCAAGUGUUUGUGUGCAGUGGGGAGGAAUGUGGAUUACCUGUGCGAACGACGGAGGAAGUUGAGCGAGCGUUGAGUGAGGGAUAAUGAAGCAGUUUACCGGGGAUUGUUGAUCUAGGCUGCAUGAUCUAGGGUGCUCUUUGGGUCAGUUUAGGAUAUGUCAAAGCAUACGGAUGUAUUUGCAUUUGGAUCAAAGACAAUAUUGGCACACACGCACAAAAUGGCAGCCUAAACUGCGCAUAUUGGUAACGAAUGAAGCUUUAAAGCUUUUAUUGAACUAUAUAAUAGCAUAACUGAGUUACGAUCUA